AACUACAUCUCUCGCUCUCUCUCUCUUGGGGAUUAAGCGGACCCCGAGGGUUAAGGCCAAUAAAAUUUAAAAUUUAUUUAUUUAUUUAUUAUUUUGACGUCCUUUUCAUCCCCAUUUUCUUACUAGGUCGGCAUUUAGCAACCAAUUGGAAAAAUCAAUAUACGCAUACUGCGUUUUCCCAACUACAUCUCUCUCUCUCUCUCUCUCUCUCUCUCUCGGGGAUUUCGCGAUAGGGCAUUGUUUCCCCUCUCUCUCUCUCUCUCUCUCUCUCUCUCUCGGGGAUUUCGCGAUAGUGCAUCGUUUCACCCGGAUGAACUUUAUUAAUCAAUAUACGCAGACAGCGUUUCCCAACUACAUCUCUCUCUCUUUCUUGGGGAUUUCGCGAUAGUGCAUCGUUUCACCCGGAUGAACUUUAUUAGCCUAUCCAUUACGAUCAUCAAUCUCCGAAGAUUCAAAGCAACUCGCAAGUUUCAGAUCGUACGACCUUCUUUGAUUCCUUGAAUCGGAAAGUUUUGCAGGUGUGGAAUUGUUGCAAAAAAAUGUCCCAUUACCAAGGGGAUGACGGUGAUAACAUGGCAGAUGAAUAUGAUAUGGAAGAUGUAGAUGAUGAUAUGGAUGAAGAAUUUUGUGAUAAAGAGAUGGGCGGUUCAGAGUCUGAUGUUGAUGAAUAUGAAUUUUUGAAUAACAGAGGGGGAGAUACUUCCUCUGCUCAAGCUAGGAAAGGGAAAGAUAUCCAAGGUAUUCCUUGGGAUAGGCUAAGCAUUAGUAGGGAGAAGUACAGACAAACUAGGCUAGAACAGUACAAGAAUUAUGAAAAUGUUCCUCAGUCUGGGGAGGGAUCAGAGAAGGAAUGCAAAGUCACAAAGAAAGGGGGUUUGUAUUAUGAAUUUAGACGCAACUCAAGAUCUGUGAAAUCAACAAUUCUUCAUUUCCAGUUGAGGAAUUUGGUUUGGGCUACAUCCAAACAUGAUGUCUACUUUAUGUCUCAUUUUUCUGUCAUCCAUUGGUCUUCACUAACUUGCAGCAAGUCUGAAGUUCUUAAUGUUUCUGGGCAUGUGGCACCAUGUGAGAAACAUCCUGGAAGUUUGUUGGAAGGAUUUACGCAGACCCAAGUUAGUACGCUUGCGGUAAAAGAUAAUUUGCUGGUUGCUGGAGGAUUCCAGGGAGAACUUAUUUGCAAGUUUCUCGAUCGACCUGGUGUGAGCUUCUGUUCGAGAACAACUUAUGAUGAUAAUGCAAUUACCAAUGCUGUUGAUAUUUAUCAUAGUGCCAGUGGUGCAAUGCACUUUACAGCGUCAAAUAAUGACUCUGGAGUAAGAGACUUCGAUAUGGAAAAAUUUCAGCUUUCCAAGCAUUUCCAUUUUCCCUGGCCAGUUAAUCACACUUCUUUGAGUCCUGAUGGUAAGCUUGUUAUAAUUGUUGGCGACAACCCAGAUGGUAUAUUGGCGGACUCCAAAACUGGAAAGACGGUGAUGCCUUUAUGUGGGCAUUUAGAUUUCUCAUUUGCAUCAGCAUGGCAUCCUGAUGGUCGCACUUUUGCUACUGGCAACCAGGACAAAACCUGCCGAGUUUGGGAUGUUCGAAACCUUUCCAAGUCGGUUGCUGUCCUUAAGGGCAAUCUAGGAGCUAUUCGGUCAAUUCGCUAUACAUCAGAUGGUCGGUUCAUGGCAAUGGCAGAGCCUGCGGAUUUUGUUCAUGUAUAUGAUGCUAAAAAUGGUUAUGAGAAGGAGCAAGAAGUUGAUUUCUUUGGAGAGAUAUCUGGCUUAUCUUUCAGUCCUGAUACAGAGUCCCUUUUUGUUGGAGUGUGGGAUCGUACAUAUGGUAGCCUUCUUGAGUAUGGUCGAUGUCGGAGCUACUCUUACCUCGACUUGAUUUGAAGUUGAGUGCAAUCUGUAGUUUAUAGUUGUGUGGGGGGCCUGGCUCAUUACUUGGGGCUGCAGAGAAAUGAUCUUGGGUUCAAAUGUAUUUUCUUUUUGUGAAAUUGUAGCUGUGUAUGGGUGAUUUAAUUUUGGUGCCUAUGUGGAUUACCACAAACUGUAUAAGAGUGGGGAGGGGAUGUACAGAAGGCCAGAAAAGCAUUGGUAAUGGGAGCAAAGGAAAAGAAAUUAAGAGUAGGGCUUCUCUGAGGGUACCAAACUCUUUCACAUUUCAUGACAGUUUGCCAUCUCUACUGUAUCUCGAAUUGGAAUCCAUGUUGCGUUUGAGAAUGUACCUUAUCAGAUUUUCUUGUUUGUUA